AAAACUCGCACUUUGGCGGGAACCCACGACCAUGCCAGUGCCAACUGGGCUGCCAACAUGGUUCAUCACCUUGGCUGCCUGCGCUGCAGGAGUCGUUUCCCAGGCCCAAGUAGCUGGGGGCCGAGCUUACAUACCCAUCCGUCCAGCCAUAAGGACCAGUAACGCACCUGGAGAGCAGGUGCAGAAAUCACGUUUCGCCACCAAGACAAGUGGGGUCAACGCCGGAGCGUCUGUCAUAAGCCCAGGUAACAUACAGCCGGAAUUCCCGAUACAUCGCAGGCACGGGCACGAGAACAACUGGAAACAACGUGAGAGGAACCAUCGUGCGCACAGGAAACGCACCAAGCGGAUUUCCGGAGCGGUCGGGUUUCAGUGUCCAGUCAAGUGGGACCAACGUGAGAGAGAAUGCCAUACGUGCGGGCAGUGCACCAUCUGGUUUUCCGCAGCGCCCAGGCUUCAGAGUCCAGAACAACGGCGGUGACAAUGUGGAAGGGAAUGCCGUACGUACCGGUAUCGGACCAAACGGAUUUCCAGGGAGUCCAGGUUCCAGCGCGGGAGCGACUGUCGUAAGAACCGGCAGCUGGCCAAGUGGAUUUCCACAGCGUCCAGAUUCGAGCGUUCAGAGUAGCGAGAAUAAUGUGGGAGGGAAUUUCAUACGAACUGGUUCCAGACCAAAUGGAUUGCCCCAACACCCAAAUUCCGGCGUGGGAGGGACAGCCAUGCACACUGACAUUGAGCCAAGUGGAUUUCCACGUCACCCUGGUUCGAGCAUGGGAGGGACUUUUAUACGAAGUGGCAACGCACCAAACGGAUUUCCACAACUCCCAGACUCCAGUGUCCAAAUAAGCGGGAACAAUGUCGGAGGGAAUGUCGUGCGAACGGGCAGUGUACCAAACGGAUUUCCACAAUUUCCACGUUUCGACAUCCGGACAAACGGAAACAACGUCGGAGAACCUUUCGUGGGGACGAAUAGAGUGUCAAGUGGAUUUCCGCAGCGUCCAGGUUUCGGCGUCCCGAAAAUGAGGAACGAUGUAGGUGGAACCGUGAUAAAGACGAAUAUUAUGCUUGGUGGAUUCCCACAGCGGUCUGGUUUUGGUCUCGAUAACAUCAGAAACGGCGUUGGGGCACAGAUCUUGCGAGACGAGGCUCCUCUGAUCCGCGAGAUCGAGACGAAGAUGCACGAGGGACGCGAGAUGGAGCGCAACUUGACCGCCGUCCGCGACGCCAUCCGCCAGGAGAUGGUCAACGCCAGAGGGAUCGGCCCCAUACGGAGGAUCAAGAUGUACAGAAAACUGGGACAGCUAGAAUCGCGCAUCAAGCUGCUGCACGGAAAGAACGAAGAAGGUGAACAAAGGUUUCGAGCGUUCGUCAGCGGCGUAGCGUCGGGUGAGAUCAGCGACCGGCGGAGCGCUCACACGAUCCUGGACAACAUCUUCAACUUCUACGGCACGGUCGUCGAGAAAAUCGUCGUCGUGUGCCGAAGCUUUGCGGGAGGCAUCAUCAACUUCUACAAGAGGAUCUUCCUGAGCAUCGGGAGCGCGAUCCACAGACUUCUGAGCUUGAAGCUGCGACCGCUUCAAGCCGGCAUCAACAUCAUCGCCGGAAUCUAGCUAAGAGUGCAGAGAUUAAAAUUACGACACCUGUACACUGAGAGCACUUGGUUUGGUUUUAUUAAAAUUUCCUG